ACCAUGUCGUUAGGCUUCGCACUCGCGUUCGGCUUUCUCGCUGUUGCUGCCAACGCGGUACACAUCGAGCGCAGGCCGGAUCUUGGGGAAUUUCAAGAUGAACGCGAGUGCUUCCCGUACGAGACACCGUGGUUAGCCGUGUUGAGAAACUUCGAGAACGACCCGUACAUCGGCGGCAACGCCAAGUGCAUCCGGGUCACGCAGACGGCUCCUCUCCAGGGCGACGUCACUGAGAACGUCGUCGAGUACGGACACACCGAAAAAGUGAGAAACAAGGUUACACUGAUGAGCACAGAAGGGUACCACCAUAAGAAUCUGAUGAACGUCACUUUCCUGGAAGGACCUGGAAAGGGAGCCCACCUCCUGCUGUUCAGCAUGUACUCCGAUUGCGACAAGUGCAAGGUGUACAGGAACCCUUACGCCGGCGAGGACGCUUGCACGCUCUUCGUGCCGGCAAGCAGGGCCAGGCAGAUCGACCCUGCGUGCCAGUUCAUAUUCAACCUGCUCUGUGGCAGCGACAAGCAUUACCACCUGCUGGACGACAGCUGCACUUUCUGAGCCAUUCACACCUCGAAGAAGGCUUGUAUAUGUAUACGGCCGCAAUUUCAUCGCGCCACCGUUACUUCGUCCUUCGGUUCAACCACCCUCAACAUCGAAAGACCAAAUAC